CUUCUGUGGUUGUUGUCAGUUGUUUUGAGGGUGUGACUGAUUGUGUGAGAUUCAAAUGUUAAAUGUUAAUUAAACUGUUCGUUAUUACCUGAAAUGUGCCUUAAAUUAAGCUUAAACUAAUUAAAUAAAACAUAAAUAAGUAUUUACCAUCCAAAAUGUUCAUCAAAGUAUUGUUUUUCCUCGCGCUGUGUACUCUGCCGACAGUUUUCUGCGUGAGGUGUUACCAGUGCGCCUCAUCACAGAGUUUAGAAGAAGAUAAUUGUGGCGCGUACAAAAAGUUCGACACAGACAGCCACAUAGCUGUAGAAUGUAAUAGCGACGAAUCUCAUAUGCCUGGUUCAUUUUGUAUGAAAGUCACACAGCAAGGGCCUAAAGGGUUUAUAUGGGAUGGCAGGUGGAGGCAAGUUAUCAGACGUUGUGCAUCAGUCGCCGAAACUGGUGUCACUGGUGUGUGCAACUGGGGUGUCUAUGACAAUGGAGUUUACUGGGAAGAAUGCUAUUGCUCUGCCGAUGAAUGCAAUCACUCUUCUAUCAUACAUACAUCUGCCACUCUAAUAGCCUGUGCUGUUGCCUUCAUCUUUUUUACCUACAAUAGAUUUUUGUAUUGAUAAAUAUUUAAAUAAGGUAUAAUAAUGUGUGAAAUGUAUUGUAUGUAUUUAUGACAAUGACAUUUAGUAAGAAGUGUGUUGCUUACUGCUCCUGUGAUGACUGCAAAAAUUCUUCUAACAUACAUGUGCAUCUGUUACUUUAGUAAUCACUGCUUACAAUCAGAUUAUUUAAUAUAACACAAAGUUAAUUGAAGAACAAUAUUUUGUUAUUUAUAACAAGAAAUGUGGUGUUUAUGCCGAUGAAUGCAAUCAUUCUUCUAAUGUACAUACUUCUGCUACUUUAAAAGCCUAUGCUAUUGCCUACAUAUUUGUGACUUUCAAUAGAUUUUUAUUUUGAUAAUAACUAUUGAUGUAAAUAAUUUGUUAUUUAUAUCACAUAUGAAAUGGUGUAUUUAUGACUGUGACACUUAGUAAUAAAUGUUAUCGCUCUGCCAAUGAAUACUUAAUAACAUACAUACAUCUGCAACUUUUAGCCUCUAGUGUAGUAUUGUAGUCAUAGUAUUUUGUCUAGUGACCAAUCAAUUACUUAAUUUUUACUUUUACGAUAUUGUAGAUGACAUAAAAAUAUCAUAUUAUAAUUAUAAUAUCAUUAGUAUAAAGAGUAUCUUUACGUGCUCCUUAUGCAAUUAAUUGUGUCUUAGGAUUAUGACUGAUAAGAAUGUAAGCUGAAUAUAAAAUACUGUUCUAAACUCCGUCCAAAUAGAGUAAGUAUCAUACUAAUAUUUUUACAAAUAAAUAACUAUUUAAUAAUGAUGCAUUUGAAUUGUAAUAAUUAUAAGUAUACAGGGUGGAAACAAGAAGUAUCUUUAUAUUUUUCACAAUAUAAGAGACUAGCUGACGCCCGCGACUUCGUCCGCGUGGAUUUAGGUUUUUCGAAAUCCCAUGAGAACUCUUUGGUUUUCCGGGAUAAAAAGU